AUGACAAGGGAACCGAUCCGCCCGCCAAAUGUAGCAUCAUAUGGCGGUGUUCAUGACGAGGCUGGCUCUCGCGAAUGUGCACCUGCGUCGGUUUCGACUUCGACAUCGACAUCACACAUCUCGGCGGUUGUUUCAUUAUCUCAAUCAAGCGGCGCACAACCGAAAUCCGGAAAAACUCGCCGUACACAGCAUACGCAGGAUGCGUCUGUCGCCGUACCUGACCUUGCACUUCCGAACCUGACCAUUUCUCAAUUGCAUUUUGAAACGGACUCGUCUGACCCCGGCUAUCAAGCCACGCGACGAACUACUGCAGGAUCCAGUCACUCACGCUCGUUGAGCAACCCAUUUCCCUCCCUGUUCUCACCGAAGAAGAAAAAGGCUGCUCAUACCGAGUCGUCGUUCGGAUCUGGCGGUUCUACAUCCGGCACAGAUGGCGAAAUGCUUUCAACAAGGACUCGACGUGAACAGCAGGAUGCGGCCCAUUCUCCAACGCUCUUUGGCGUUGGCCGAAGCGAAAGACCCAGCUUUGCAAGCGGUCCCUGUAUUACAUGCGGAUCACUCAUGCGAUGGGCUCGUGGAGCGGAAGCAUUCCGGUGUGGUAUAUGUCUGACCGUGAACGACCUCAUACCUGUUAACGCAAAUCUCGCCACCACUUGGAAGCCACAGGCCACAUCUUCGUACCCUAUCUCCGUCAAGCAAACCCAACACAUAGUCUCGGAGUGUAUUCGUGAUUAUCUUGAGACCGUUUUGACCGUCGUGGAUAUGCACCCUUCGCGCCCCAGACGAAAUUCUCGGCAGACAAUUCCCAAUGACGCGCCGGUUGGACCACGCACUCCUCCAAAAUCCCGUAUCUCCGGCCAGCAUCGGCAUUCGAAGCUUGAUGGAGCCAUGUUUUUUUCAUCUAGAGUCUCUCAGCAGGCAUCGCCGAUUUCGAACGCCUCGCACGUGUUGUCUGUAAGAGGAGACAAGCGAGAGGAAAUUGAGGCGAAGAGAAUAUUUCAGGCUUUGGAAGAUUAUGUCAUUCGACAUAUCGUUUCCAUAAACAGCUUGGAUGGUUCUUUUGUGCCCACGACAAAUAUUUCUGACUUCAAAGACAAAUGCGAAGGUCUUUACGCAAACCAAAAAAAAGCGGGCCAGGAAAUAAAAUCGCCCGUCACGACAGUACCGUUCGAGUCUGACAAGCGCCAUGACUCUUCUUCUUCUACAAUAAUCUCCGAAAACAGCUCCUGGCGACCUGAUAUUCAACACUGUAUGCAACCGAUCCGAGGCUUUUCUCGCCGCCGGGGUAGCGAAGUCAGAACUAAUAGAGGCACUGAUGCCCCGAUGACGAGUGAUGUUGAUUGGGGUUCGGUCGACGAAUGGUACAACGCUGUGAUCAAUUCCGGCGCAUCAUGGGAGUCAGUUUACAACGAGCUUGUUGGCAAUGGGAGAUACCAUCCCCAAUCGCCUGUUUUGCUCAGCGAAGUCGAGUCAUGCAUCUUGAAGGGGCAGCAGCAUACCCAGCGCGUCUUGCUCAAAGCCACAGAGACUGUGCUGAAACGGCCGGGUCGUCGCAUUGGUGAAGUGGGCGAUUACCGCUUUCUUAUUAUCGCCCUUGCAAAUCCUCUCCUGCAUGCGCAGAGCAGUUUCUUCACUGGGGUACUACAACAUACUGUGGAUGACCGAAAACAACGGCCCGAGGCAAGGCUUGGAUCAACUUGGGGGACAGGACCUGCAUCAGGCCAACACUCGGUCAUCAUCAAACGUAUUCUUGGCCUUCUUUCAAACUCUCCUGAAAAGUGGCAUGGCCAAAUAAUUGCCUUUUUUGCGCACCUUCCAGUAGACAGGUUUUUGCAACUUAAGGACCUCGUCAGUGGGUUCCUGGCGUAUCGCCUCGCGCGAUAUAACGAGAAAAGGGACAAGAACAAGACAACAGAAACUUCUGAUCCGCUGGUACCGAAGGUUCCAGAAGGCGCAACAGCGGCAUCCUUCCACGCUGCUUUGAACCAAAACAUCAGUUCGGCAAAAGCUAACAAGAAUUCCACAAAAAAGAAGUUGGUACACGGCGAUGACUGGCAAGUAAAGGCGGCUGUCCGCGUGUUGAGGCUUCUCUUCGCUGCCAACAAUAUUUCGGAAGCAUACCAGAACUUAGUCCGGGUUCCUGGCAAGGUAACGAAUGUCAACAGUUCAGAACUUACUGGCCACCAGAAACGACAGAUUGUGCCGACAUCUGACUUCUAUAUAACAUUGCUGGAUGACUGUGACCUUGUAGCUGAUUUUGAGGGAUGGGAACAAAAGACCAGCCAGUUUGCCUUCUGUCAAUACCCUUUUUUGCUGAGCAUUUGGGCUAAAAUACAAAUUCUCGAGCAUGAGGCUCGUCGCCAAAUGAAAAACAAAGCUCGCGAUGCCUUUUUCGACAGCAUCAUGACGCGAAGAAAUUUCGACCAGCACCUCGUUCUGACUGUUCGCCGGGAUUGUCUCGUCGAAGACAGCCUCAAGGGUGUCAGCGCAGCCAUUGGAAGUGGCACGGAUGACAUCAAGAAAGGCCUGCGCAUCAUCUUUAGCGGUGAAGAAGGAAUCGAUGCUGGGGGGCUACGGAAAGAAUGGUUUCUUUUAUUGCGUUUCUUUACCCUCAAAAUUCUUGACCCUAGCCUGACAAAUCUAGGCAUGUUUGUAUACGAUGAAGAUUCGCAUUACUGCUACUUCAAUCCUGCUUCAUUUGAAACAUCAGACCAAUUUUUCCUUGUCGGCGUUGUCUUGGGGCUGGCCAUCUAUAAUUCGACUAUUCUGGAUGUGGCACUACCUCCAUUUGCCUUCAGGAAACUGCUGUUUGCCGCGCCGACAUCAACAGCCGGGGGACAGACGACUUCGCCACGCCCUCAUAUGGCGUACACAUUGGCCGAUCUUGCAGAAUUUCGGCCACUACUGGCCAAAGGUUUGCAGCAAUUACUCGACUAUAACGGCGACGUUGAGUCUACCUUCGGCCUUGAAUUCACUGUGUCUAUCGAGAGGUUUGGCCAGGUAGAUGCGAUACCUCUUUGUCCCGGAGGAGAAUCUCGGGCAGUGAAUAAAUCAAAUCGGGAGGAAUACGUCCGUCUAUACACCCGAUAUUUGCUUGACACCGCCGUUUCCCGCCAAUUUGAACCUUUCAAGCGUGGGUUCUUCACGGUGUGUGGCUGCAAUGCACUGGGUUUGUUUCAACCAGAUGAGAUUGACCUUCUCGUUCGUGGCUCAGCUGAGCCCCUUGACGUCGCUGAACUACGGCUUGCUGCAAGUUAUGAAAACUGGCCUUCUACAAACCCCGCCGAUACAGAACCGACAGUUAAGUGGUUUUGGGAUAUGUUUGAAGAAGCAUCUUCAGAAGACCAACGGAAACUUUUAAUCUUCAUCACGGGGAGCGACCGCAUUCCCGUUACUGGGCCAGCAUCGCUAUCGAUUCGAAUACUCUGUCUUGGUGACAAUACCGGUCGCUUCCCAACGGCCAGGACAUGUUUCAACGUCCUCACGCUCUACCGAUACACGUCAAGAGAGACCAUGCAGGCGAUGCUUUGGGGGGCUGUGUAUGGCAGUGAAGGUUUUGGCUUGAAAUAA